AUGGCUUCCUUAUCAUCUCCUGUCUUUGACAGGGAUGGUUAUUCUUUCAAAGCGAUGUGGGAACAGGCUCAGGUGAGAUUUCAGGACAGGACCGCAAAGUCUCUCAAAUCUGCCACAGGGAAGUCUCUCGAGGAUGUGCUGAAAGAGCUGGAAGAAAGAUAUCCUGAAGAUAACAUUUUUGAGGCAAAAAAUGGCAGCCAGUCCAACGUGAAGGAUAUUGUGCGGAAUGUUUUGAACUGCAUCAAUAUUUUGGGAGGGAUCGUUGCACAAGGUGCAUCAAUGGCGUUUGGUGGUGCCGCCGACAUCUGUUACUCUGCGGUCUCAUUCCUCAUUGAGAUGCAUGCAAGGAUAGACAGACUCUAUGAAGGACUUGCCCAGCUCUUUGAGGAGAUAUCGACAUUCCUCAAAACUUUUAAGAUUUACAAAAGAGUCGAAAAGUUCGCCGAGGUUGACCCUGAGCUCAAAGCAAUCACCGGCAGACUCAUGAUCAGCUUCGUAGAUAUUUGUGCCCUCUCUAUCAAGCUACUGAAUGGCUCCAAGUGGAGGAAGUUCAAGACCGUGUUGAAAGUUGCUCUUAUGGACGAUGACUCCGGGAUUCGUGCUGAGCUUGACAAGUUCAAAGGCUUGAUCGAUCAAUCUAGCCGAAUCUCAGAUGCCGUGACCCUCGAAAAGGUUAUGGUGUCUCACCACGAGGUUGUUCAGCUGCUUCAAAAUGCCUCGGAGAGAAGCGGCCAGCAACUCUUGUAUCUUGAGGGUAUUAGCAGUGGUGUUAACGUUCUCAAAGCUGACAUAAAUGAGCACAAGACUCAGAGAUUGCACUCAGAUCAAAUCCAGGAGCUGAUGAAAAAAUUGUCCAUCAAUCAAGAGACUGCUAAAUUUUCUAUGAGGUAUUUGGACGACGUCAGAACAACGCCCAUUCCCAAUUCUGGUCUCUGGUUGAAGGACGUAGAGGAGUAUCAUUCAUGGGCUGACAAUACAUCAACGAAAACUAACUCACUGCUCUUUCUGUAUGGUGGAGAGAAGUCAGGAAAAAGCUUUUUGAUCGGCAGCAUCCUUGAUGAGCUGGAUUUCCAAUUUCGUGAGGGACGAAAAGCCGAAAGCCGGGCUUCAGUAGCCUAUUACUGUUUCUCCAAGCUGGACAAGAAGCUGGAAGCGUCUAAAUCCAUCAAGAACCCACAGCUUCCUGCCACAGCUUUGAAAUCCAUGGCUGUACGAAUUGCCGAGCAAAAUAUUAGCUAUUCCAAAGAAAUGUCUACAUUUUGGGCAACCAAAAAGGCAACCGACCAUGCGAAUAUGUCCUUCCAUGAGCUCUGGACGGCCUUGCAGCUUUCUGUGCCCAAGGCCGAUACAAUGCACUACCUGAUAUUCGAUGGCUUGGAGGUUUUGGCAGAGAGUGAUGCCUGUGAACUCUUCGACGUACUGCUAAGCGUCCAAAAUCCUAGAGUUCGCAUUCUAGCAGCCUCAGAUGAAGCCAUUCUUGAUGCUUCCUUGGACUCCAUGCGAGAUCGUUUUACUGAAGCCAUUAUUCCCUCAAUCCACAUAGAGCUCAGCAAUGGUUUGGACAUUGGCCUUUUCAUCGAUGCUUAUCUCUCUCAGAACGGAGAAUUGUUUGGACAGGAUGUGGAGACUUCUAAACUGAAGGACUGGCUUCGCGAAAAACUUCCGGGACUUGCAAAGGGUAAUUUCUACCGUUUGCAAACCGCCCUCGAUCAGUUCGCCGAAGAUUACAAAAGAGGCCAAAGCGCAUCAGACAUUAUGCGGGAUCUGGAGGCCGCCGACCUCUCGCAAGACCCCGCUGCUGCUGCUAAGCAGGUGGUCGCUCGUCUCAACAGGUCGCUCAACAGCCAGGAGAUCGACCAACUCAACGAACUGAUGAUAUGGACUAUCUAUGGCUGGCGGUAUCUUGAAGUGGAUGAACUUAGAGCCGCGUUAUUCCUGCGCUUUAAAUCGGACCCGGCUCAACCGUUGGCCGCGCAACUGAGCGGUAGAGGGAAAUACGAACCCAUGUUUACCAUUGAAAAUAAUUAUUGUCAAUUGAAAGAAAGCAUCCAGGACCUUUUAAUGGAGAACGCUCAGUGGAAUCGAACAGAAGAUGGUGUCGGUGACGAGGACAAGCCCAAGAUUUCCAUGACCAUCAAGAUUGCUAAUGCCGACAUCCAAACCGUGCAGAGGUUUCUGUGGGACUUAGGGGAGAGAGCAGUUUUCGAAAAGUUCGCGUUCGAAAACAUUGAGGCCAAGGUGGAAAGCCAGAAAAGCAUUUAUGCCCAUGAAAUUGAGGCUCACGUAUCAAUCACACUGCGCUGUAUGGACCUCCUCUUAGCAGAGCCGAAUGACUCCUCCGCUGCACUGGUGGAGUAUGCAUUAUACUUCCUUCCCGCACAUCUCGAAUACCUUACAAUGCAUGUACGCCCCGGCGGAGUGCAAAUUUCUGAGACACAGAGUAUCGUGGAUAAGCUCAUCAACCUCGUUUCAGAUACAGAGUGUAUCGAGAAGCAUUGGACUAAAGGUCCAAACAAGAUUCACUUCGGGUUGCUGGCCUUCUCAUGGUGGUUGUCCCUUUCAGAUAUCACGGAUUCUUUGCGACCAAGGGAUCGUCGAUGGCUCGAAAGACGCGACAGAAGCAAGAAUCCAAAGACAAGUUGCCUUAGUGAUAUCGCUUCCAUGGUGGCAGAACAAUGGCUUCGACACCGUGACUGGAAAGAUCCUGAUGAGUGUGCACGGUGGAUCUAUGAUUAUAUCAUUAUGGAGGCAAACGGUGAUGUCACUUUUGAGUAUCCCACUGGAACGACCAUUCUGGACCAGGAACACACAUUCAUGGACGAGACUAAAAUCCUCCAGGCCGCAGAUUGGGUCGAAGACGAGCUGAAAGUUAGGAGCAAGGACUCCUUGUGGUUUGAGCGCCUUGGCUAUACCUUUUUAGCUUUCGGAUACAACGAUGAAGCGAUAGCAGCGUUUAUUCAGUCAAAAGAUCUACCAGAUAAGCACCUUAGAUCCAUCCGAGGCUUAGCAGAAGCACAUGCAGCCAAGGGAGAGCUGGAACCAGCAAUAAAAGCGAUCGACGCCAUGAUAGGAGAGCUGAGAGCUCAGGACAAGAAUGAAGGCGCUUUGGUGGAUGAUAAAGCUGAGUUACUCUCUGCUUUGCGUCUGCAAGCUGGCUGGAAUCUCAAGUCCGAACCCCCAAAUCUUGAAAAUGCUAUUACCUUGUAUCAGGAGAUCCUGGAGAUCGAUGCUAGAGAUCACGACAGCAAGUGGAAGCUCUUCAAAACCUUAGCUGAUGCAGGCCUCUCCGCUGAUGCUCUCGAACUCUUGCGAGCUUCUAGUGUCCAGCCAGCACACAAAACCGGUGACCUAGAUCGACUUGCCGAGAUGCUCCUCAACCUAAAGUUUGAAGAUCUUGGCGGCCUGGCGCACAUAGAGACCUUUGAUCUCGUUUUAUCUCUGACAGCUGGCGAUCCUAUUUCAACGUCGAUCUUGGAGGGCUUGAAGCGAUGCAUUGAAUUGGUACAUAAAGAGAAUGAUGCCACUACUUUGAUUAGACUGUUGCUUCUUCAAGGGGCUGCAAUCUUCCACUACAACCCAGGUAGGACGGAGCAGAAGGAAGCGAUAGUAUUGUGGAAAAAAUGCUGCUCAACGGGCUUCAAGAUCUUGGCGGAUGUGGUGUCUAACCUCGAGGUGUCACAUGGAGUUUCACUCGCGAUUAGACGUAUCUGUGUCUAUUAUGACACGUUGGCUAGGAAAGGAGGUCAUGAUACAGAAGAGCAGCUAAAUGAGCUACUGCAGUUUUACUCAGAGGCCCAGAAGGUAUACUGGACGGCUCGAAUUGUGCGGUACGCACUUGCCGCCUGUUAUAUCUCAUCCAUGGCUACUGAGAAGGCUAGAGAUCUUCUUCGGAGCGACAUGAUGGAUGGAUUGUUUUUGCUCAGCGACGACGAUCCAGAAAAUGAUUUCCAAGGCUAUCAGACCAUUGGAGAAGCUGCGCUACACGCAGGAGACGACUUGAAUGCUCUCACGGCUUGGUCACUUCUUUUGCCCGAUGAUAUUGAUGGAGAUGAGGAUAGAGGGGGCAAUGCGGAUGAGGAAGACGAAGACGAGGAGGAUGAAGACGAGAACGCCGACAAGGAAGAUGAACGAGGGCAUGCCAACGAUGACGAUGAAGAAGAUGGAGACGAGGAUGCCGAUGAUUCUUCGUCAAGAGCAUCGAAAAACUCAUCGACAUCCACAGCCCAAUCGUCUGAAGCCAAUGAUGUCACCCCUAACGCUGACGGUCCCACAAUAACUAUCAUCACGCAAGAAGCCAAGGUCCGUACUGGCAAGCUCUGUAGUCUCUGCGAUGGGGGAUGCGGCACUAGGUGGUUUUAUGCGGACGACUUCUACUGCUGCAAGAUAUGUUGCGAUGUUCAGUUUGAUGCCAGAUGUCUAAAGAAACUCCGUGAAGGCAUGUUGAAGAGGGUGAUCUGUAGCCCCGACCAUGAUUUCCUUCACAUCCCGGCUUUCUCGGAUGAGGAUUACCAGAAGGUUGGCAAAGGGAACGUCCGUGUCGGUGGAAUGCUCGUCGACGGAGCACGACAAGGUGGAGAAAUUGUUCCGAUCGCCGACUGGCUGCAGUCUCUCAGAGAUCAAUGGGGAAUCCCAAAGGCAGAAUAG